AUGUCUCCGUAUGCCGAGGUUGCCAACCCCAGCUGCAGGAAAGAGGAGGUAUUGGAUAAUUUUGCAGCCAGCCGAAGGUUUGCCAGAUUCAGGCAAGCGAUUGAGUCCACGAUUUUGAGCAACACUGAUGAUCUCCCAAAAUUUAGUGAUAUUGCUGGACUAGCUGAGGCCAAGUCAGCGUUAUUCGAGGCUCUAGUAGAUCCAGUUCAAUAUCCUGAGUGGUUUGAAUCUUCUGAUUUGAAACCUUGGAAAGCUGUCCUUCUUUAUGGACCUCCUGGCACAGGUGAGCAGAUGCGUACGUUAUCCAAUGAAUAUAUAUCAGAGUUUGUCAUAGCGUUCAAGGUUUCCUCCUCCGACUUAAUCUCAACAUGGAGUGGGCAGUCAGAGAAACUCAUUCGAGAACUUUUCGAUCACGCCAUCGCCCAGACAAAAAUCAUUUUGAGGCACUGUCAGCGUGUUAUUACAGCAGCUGUAAUUUUCAUAGAUGAAGUUGAUAGUCUGUGCAGAACUCGGUGCUCAAGUGAAGAUGAUGCUAAUCGAAGAGUCAAGACAGAGCUUCUCGUACAAUUGCAACGACUCUACACAACAUCGAACGUGGUUUUGAUUUGUGCAACAAAUUGCCCUUGGGAUUUAGACCCUGCCUUCAUGAGGAGGUUUGAAAAAAAGAUCUACAUUGGUUUACCUGACGUCGAGGCAAGAAUUGCAAUGUUAAAUCAGCGUCUUAUGCAUACUACUAUGCAAGCUGAUGUAUCAAGAAUUUGGAUUGCUGAAAUCACUGAG